CUGAUCAUGGAAGAAGUGACAGGUUGAAUGACACAAGACCGUCUGUGCACAAGAGCGAAAGUUAACUUUUCACUGCUGUAUUUUCAGCACUAUUUUCAUAAUUCAUCAUCGUACAACUACAUCUCCAAUAUCUACGAGGGAAACCUAAAUUGCUCCAUUUGGGACAAUGCGGGACCGCACCAAAGAGUUAGGAAAUGCUGAGUGCUCCGAUGAGGAUGAGGAGGGUACGGCGUUGGUGGUGAAGCCAGGGACCUCGACAGCAAAUGAGGAGAAAGAGAAUGAUGCUUAUUUCAAGAAGGUGCUGGAAAUUCGGGAGGGACUUGUGUCGAUCAAAGAUAAGGUGGGGAAGCUGGAGAAUAAACAGAAGACUGUCCUGGGCGAGCCACUCCCAGAUGAGAGUUUGAAGAGGGAUAUCCAGACCCUCCGAGAAGAGAUCAAGAACAUUGCGAGUCAGAUCCAAAAGAAACUCAAGACUAUUGAACCCAAGAAAGGAGAGGAUGAUGGGAAAUAUGUAGCCAUCAACUUGAGGAUGCAAAGGACACAGCACGGGGUCUUGUCCAGGGAGUUUGUGGAGCUGAUGGGACACUGCAACACCAUCCAGGCUGACUACAGAGAUCGCAACUUGGAAAGAAUAAAGCGGCAAUUCAAGAUCACCGGCACCGACGUCACCGACGAUCAGCUGGAAGACAUGAUUGCGAGUGGGCAGACGGAUGUUUUCACACAGAACAUCCUGAGCGACGUCAAAGCCACCAAGCAGGCGCUGAACGAGAUCGAGACGCGGUGCGAAGAGAUCCUGAAGCUGGAGAAGAGCAUCCGGGACCUGCACGACAUGUUCCAGUACCUGGCCAUGGAGGUGGAGGCGCAGGGGGAGACGGUGAACCGGAUCGAAUCCAACAUCCUCCAGUCUUCGAACUAUGUAGAGAAGGCCAGGGAUGACGUGGAGAAGGCGGUCACAUAUCAAAAGAAAGCCCGCAAGAAGAAGAUUUGGCUUGCGGUUUGUUGCGCCAUUCUCCUCCUUAUCGUCAUAAUUUCAUUGGCUGCCAGUCUCGGUGGAUGAAACCGGCUGUGAGUCCAAGUCCCUUGUAUUCCCCCCCCCUCUUUUCUACCAUAACCCCCUACUUGCUGUAGGGUUCUGCCUUUAUGGCAACAUAUUGUCAUCCCCAAGCUUUUCCACCAACGUUGUCUUCCUCUCUUAACCUCGGCCCUACCGUCGCCCUGGCCAGGUUGAAGAGAUGGUCUCUCUAACCUUUUAACCAGUGCCUUCUCACAGGCCCACAUUCAGGUGCUCUCCCCCCACACACAGUCGCCCCAGACAAACGGACACGUGGAUUACUGCAUAUUGCAUUGCCAUGUUUCCCCCCCUCCCCCAAAGUGCUUGUGAGUAAGGAAGAAUGCAGUAUUUGAUACACUGAAAUGGCUUAUUAUACUGUACUCAGGAAAAUUACUUGUAGAGUAUUCUUGUUACAUGAUUGAUAAUGAAUUAUGAAAGACGACACUAGAUGGAGCAUGGUUCUUUUUGAAAAAGGCAUAUAUAGAGACUAAUAUAAAUGUACAUAGGCCUUUUUAUUUUGCUAGUGUUGGGGAACACUUUCUUUGUAAAUAAGAAAAUGUGCACAUCUGGAGAUACUAGCCCAAGCAUUGGAACAAACUAUAAAGUUAUAAGUGCAGGUCCUCUAUCAUUCACUCUUAUUUAUAUUUGUAUUGUGUUGCUUUAUAAAUACAAACAGCAAUGUCUCGUUAGGAACUCUAUUUUUUACAGGUUUUAAAACUGCUUUACCAUUUUGCAAGGUCGAAAUUGGUGAGAAUGAAGUCAAUUCAUGUAUUGCACCGAUAUUAUCAAGAAGGGAUGAAGUUUGGGCUGUAACUGCUUGCUUUCACAUCAACCUUUUGGAUUUUUUAAUAUUGUUUAGCAACUUCAAUGGUGUAUUCAUGCUUUACACAGGGCCCUGAAAUGUUCCUUUAAAUCAGUGAUAUCCUCCUAGGUGAGCAUUUUUAGCAUCUGUUUUUGAUUUAACAGUUGGAACUGUUCAAUAACCAGUAACUUACGCACGACAUGUGGAAUACCUAAAGAUAACUUCCUGUAUGGAAUUUCCUUAAAGGCUGCCUCUGAGGUGGAAAUGUGCCGUGAACACAAACUGGGUAGACUAGCGACUUGGUCUGUGUAACUUUAUGUAUUGAUAUUUUAAUUUUGUAUACAGCCCAAUGCCACUUAUUCUGAUGUUUUAAAAUAAAAAUCUCAUGUUCUACAAUA